AUGCCUCAGGACAUGCCGCCCGUUGGCGGCUACGAGCCCGUCCAGUACAAGCGCAACCUGCCCGCCCGCGGCUUCCGCCCGGCCGCCUACCUCGCCAUCAUGGGCGGCAUCAUGACCUACGGCUUCUGGCGCAUUGGCCAGGGCAUCCGGGAGCACAAUGAGCUCGCCCGCGAGAAGAUGUGGAGCCGCAUCCACCUGAUCCCGCUGCUGCAGGCCGAGGAGGACAGGGACCAGGUCCGGAGACAUCUCGCCAACCAGGCCCGCGAGAAGGAGCUGCUCGGUGCCGAGACCAAGGUCUUCAACAGCGACAGGUUCGUGAGGCCGUACUUCGCUGCUACGCCCAGGGAGUCCAACUAG